UCAGUGAAUGCGAUGGUAUUAAGCGGUGCCUCAAUAUGUGGGUCCAAAGAAGCCGUCAGAUUCCUCAACACUAUCGUAAAGGUCGACAGUUGGGGUCCGGGAAGACUGGACUCCUAUCUCAGGAGUUACGAGAGCCCCCAAAAGGUACAGGAGUUGUGGACUAAGUUUGUCAGAUCUACUGAAUACCACGAACACUACUUCGGGAAAGACAUGUUUGGCAAAGACGCCUAUUAUAACGUUAAGUGUCCCGUUGUUAUAAUUUUCGGUGAAAAGGAUCAGAUCACAGAUGCCGAGCAAUCGUUGCAUCUGAACCGAUACAUGCGAUUCUCAAAGUUAAUGCGAUUCCCGUCGGCCGGACACGACUUUCAUCAAAAGUUUGCCACAAAAUUCAAGAUUAUAUGCGAAGAACUCUUUUGGAAAGUGUGA